CUCAGAAUUUCCCCGAAGCAGCAGCUGCAGCAGCUUCUCCAAGUUGCUGCAGCUAGGGCCCAGUUUACGGAAUUCGGCCAAGCCAUGCUUGUGCUUACACAGCAUGGUCAGGAAGUUUGGAGAAUGAAGCCCUUCAGUCCUGAGGCUUCCUCAGACCCACCCCGUGCCACUGCAGCCCACCUGCUUUACGUCUACACUCUCUUCCUGAGCUUGUUCAACUUGGUCCAAGGCUCCAGAGGUCCCAUGGUACCCAACAAGCCGUUCAUCACUAUUUGGAAUGGGGACACUUCCGACUGCCUGAAGAGUUAUGGAGUGGAUGUGGAUGUCAGUGUGUUUGAUGUGAUUGCCAACAAGGAGCAGAUAUUCCAAGGCCCUAACAUGACUAUUUUCUACAGCUGGCAGCUGGGCACCUACCCCUACUAUACAUCCACCGGGGAACCCAUAUUUGGUGGCCUGCCCCAGAAUGCCAGCCUGGUUACCCACCUCACUCGUGCAUUCCAGGACUUCGAGGCUGCCAUACCUGAACCUGACUUCUCAGGACUGGCAGUCAUUGAUUGGGAGGCAUGGCGCCCACGAUGGGCCUUUAACUGGGACAGCAAGGACAUUUAUCGGCAGCGCUCGAUGGCACUGGUCCAGGCAGAGCACCCUGACUGGCCCAAAACUUCAGUGGAGACUGUAGCCCAGGACCAGUUCCAGGAAGCUGCAGAGGCCUGGAUGGCAGGUACCCUCCAGCUGGGGCAGGUACUGCGUCCACAUGGCCUCUGGGGCUACUAUGGCUUCCCUGACUGCUACAACCAUGACUUUCUAAGUCCCAAUUACACAGGCCAGUGCUCCAUAGAAAUCCGUGACCAGAAUGACAAGCUAGAGUGGUUGUGGAACCAGAGCUCUGCCCUCUAUCCCAGUGUCUACUUGCCCGCAGCACUGAUGGGCACAGGGAAGUCACAGCUGUAUGUUCGACACCGUGUGCAAGAGGCAUUCCGUGUAGCCACAGCUUCCAGAGACCCCCAUGUGCCCAUCCUGCCCUACGUCCAGAUCUUCUAUGAAAUGACGGAUCAUCUUGUGUCCCUGGAGGAGCUGGAACACAGCCUGGGGGAGAGCGCAGCUCAGGGAGCAGCUGGAGUGGUGGUCUGGGUGAGCUCAGAAGAAACAAAAAACAAGGAAUCAUGCCAGGUCAUUAAAGAGUACAUGGACUCCACACUUGGGCCCUUCAUCGUGAACGUGACCGGCGCGGCUCUUCUCUGCAGUGAAGCUCUGUGUUCCAGCCAUGGCCGCUGUACCCGCCGUCCCAGUUAUCCUGAGGCCCUGCUCACCCUCAACCCUGCCAGUUUUUCUAUUCAGCUAACACAUGAUGGCAGGCCCCCAAGCCUCAAGGGUACCCUCUCACUUAAGGAUCAGGCCCAGAUGGCUAUGAAAUUCAAGUGUCGAUGCUACCGUGGAUGGCAUGGAAAGUGGUGUGAGAAGCAGGGUGGUGGCGUUCCGGGCACGGAGGACUUAGAAGGAGGUGCGCCGUCGCCUGCGAAGACUGCUGUGUGUCCUCCGUACUGCUGGGACCAGCGUAGGCAGACCGAGGAAUCGGAGCCAGAGACAGCGAGAUACCGAAACGUGCGCAGGCUGGACGCGGACCAUCCCGGAACUCGGCUUUAACAUAAUUGACCCUGAGAUUCAACCUGACCAAGCUAACCCUGGAUCCUGCACGCCAGCCAGAGCUGUCACUGAGUCCCAGGAUAGCUGAGCUGACCCUGGAUUCCACAUGCCACCCAGA